AAGGUUUGUUGGCUCAUCAAAAUUAAGGAAUUCAACAUAACUUUUUCAGAAUUUGCGUUUAGACUUUUGAAACUCGUAAAAAUAAAGUUCUUUAGCAGUCUAGUAAGUAUACUUAACUCAGAAAACUAAUUUUAUCAAAAUUAAGCAAAUUAUUCACGUGAUUGGACUAAAAAUUUUAUAUUUAGGAAUAUACCUAAUCUACACAUUAAAUUUGAGAAUCAAGAGAUUUCAAUCAACAGGCACCGAAAAUCCAAGGUUGUCAACUCAUAAUCUCGAUCUAAUCAUGCCAGAAAAUGUCUGUAUUGUUUGCAAAUUCACGUCUUUCGUUUUGUGUAAACAUUUUCCUUGAAGCCAUAAACAAAUGUCUACAUUAAUCAGCUUUUACGUGCGGUUCAUUUAAAAAUUCGGUAACAGUAGUGGGCGAAACAUCUGUCGAAUGCCAAUAUAUUUCCCAUUGUUCAACAAAUAACAACCCAAAAAAAUAAAUCCAAUUCGAAAAAAGUGCCAAAAUAAAUAAUUAUAUGUUCAGAUUACCUAACUGUUUUUCAAUUUUUAAUAUAAGCUUCAUCAUUAAAAGCAAAAGAAACGAAAUUGUUCUAGUGUUUGAUAUCAUCAACUCUGAAACAGUAUUUCAACCGAGACUUCAAUUUUUUCCCAAAAUGAGUUUUAUCGCCCACAAAGUUUUAAAGUCGAAACGCAAUCAUGAUUUUAUUCGGAUGGGCAGCUUUAGCUCCGCGCCGAAAAUCCAAAAUGACGAUAACCAAGACAAUGAUAUUCAAAUACCCAUCAAUUUCGGCCGAUAUGAACUACUUCAGUAUUGCCAGACCCAGCCUCAAGUCCAACCCAUGGUAAAAAGGGCCUUCAAGAAAGCGGGACAAGCCCACGAUGACACCUAUGGAUUUAAGUGUCGAAAAUUGAACGCUGUUACCAAAGGUUGUAGUGAUUACGUUUCUAGUCCUUACUCAUUACGAGUCUUCCAAUGGAAUAUACUCUCCCAAGCUCUUGGACAAAUGAACGACAAUUUCGUGAAAUGUCCCGAUGAAGCGUUGGAAUGGAACUCGAGAAAAUUCCGAAUAAUUGAAGAAAUCGUCGAGUAUUGCCCCGAUAUAAUUUGUCUACAGGAAGUGGACCAUUUCAAUUUUUUGAAAUACAUCCUGGGCACGCAAGGCUACACGGGGGUAUUUUACCCAAAACCGGACUCGCCUUGUGUCUACAUCAGCGGCAAUAAUGGUCCCGACGGAUGUGCAAUUUUUUAUCGAACCAACAAGUUCGAUUUACUUAACAUUGAGUCCAGAAUUUUGGAAAUCUGGAGAGUACAAAGCAACCAAGUGGCCCUCUUAGCGAAUCUGCGCAUCAAGGAGACCGAUCAAGAGGUCUGCGUGACUACCACUCACCUGAAGGCCCGCCAAGGCGCCUUCCUCUCCACCCUGCGCAACGAGCAAGGCAAGGAUUUGCUCCAAUUCGUGGCCCAGCAUUGCGGCACCCGACCUGUUGUUAUUUGUGGCGACUUCAACGCCGAGCCUGUGGAGCCCAUCUACAACACCGUUUUYUCCYACGAAUACCUGAAUCUUGGUAGUGCUUACGCUGACUGUGAUAGUUCGAACGUGAAUUCAGCUGCGCGAGAACCCCCUUACACGACGUGGAAGAUAAGGGACGAGGGCGAAGUCUGCCACACCAUAGACUAUAUCUUUUACAAGAAGGGUUGUUUAGAGGUAGAAGCCGUGUUGCAGUUGCCGACUGGAGAGGAAAUUGGGGAGGAUAGGGUUCCCUCGUUUUCAUACCCUUCGGAUCAUUUUUCUCUCGUUUGCGAUUUUAAAAUCGGUCAAUCCCAAAAAGCGACGCUCUGAUUUCUACAAUGUGAUAAUUAAUUUUAGGGAAGUGUUAUGCAAUGGCUAAAUUAUUUGUACUUACUUAUGUAUGAUUUUUCAACUAACGUAGGAUUUUAAUAAAAUCUUAAAAGAAGCCUCAGCUGAA